AGAUACCCAGCCAAAAUGCUACGAACAGCCCUCACCCGCUCUUCCAGAGCCCUCUGCUCCGGCGCCCGCGUUGCCGCCCAGCGCCCUAUUGCUUCCCAGAUCUUCCAGAUGCAAGCUGCCCGGACAGCUGCUCCCCAGCUGCGCUCCGCCGCCCGGUGGUACAGCGCCGAGGCUGAGGGUGAGAAGAAGGCCGACGAGGGCGCCGAGCAGAAGGAGGGUGAGACCGAUGAUGUCGUUGCUGCCCUCAAGAAGCAGCUCGAGGCCAAGGACGCCGAGGCCCGCGAGUGGAAGGACAAGUGCCUUCGCACCGUCGCCGACUUCCGCAACCUCCAGGAGCGCACCGCCCGCGAUGUCAAGCAGGCCAAGGACUUUGCCAUUCAAAAGUUCGCCAAGGACCUUGUUGAAAGCGUCGACAACUUCGAUCGCGCCUUGAGCGUGGUUCCUCAGGACAAGCUCAAGUCGGAGGAGCAGUCUGAGCACCUCAAGGACCUCGUCAACCUCUACGAGGGUCUCAAGAUGACCGAGAGCAUCCUCCUUUCGACCCUCAAGAAGCACGGUCUCGAGCGCAUCGAACCUGAGGGUGAGGUCUUCAACCCCAACGAGCACGAGGCCACCUUCAUGGCGCCCAUGCCCGAUAAGGAGCACAACGUCGUCUUCCACGUCCAGCAGAAGGGCUUCAAGCUCAACGGCCGCGUCCUCCGCCCUGCCCAGGUCGGCGUCGUCAAGAACAAAUAA